AUGGCGAGCAACGCUAACGACGACAACAACAACACCGGUAACGGCGCGGAUAGGGACGCUCCAGGAUCAGGCACAACGACCGCGCCGACAACAACUGCGACGACCGAAACCCAUGAGGAGAUGCGAUACAUGAUAGCUGCGUUGAUGAAAAAGAUCGACGACCAGGACAAAAGAAACGAGGCGAUUACGGCGAGGCUCGACGCAAUGGCAGCAGAGCGACAGCAUCCGACUUGGAGAGCCGGAGUCAACGACCCGAUGGACGGAAUUCGAAGACGCUUCGACUUCUCGACGCCCGCCGAAGCCUCAGGGAGUGGUGCAAGAAACUCCUCUUUUCUUUGUCCCCUCGAUGAACGCACUCCUGCAGCAACCCGAAUCAACAUGACCGAGCCGCCUCCACUACGCCGCAACUCCAGGCAACGAGCCGGCGAGGAAGGAGACGACGCGAUCGAUGUAGACGCCCAACAAAACAACGAGACCAUAAAUCCGCAACAAACUGGCUCGGCUCGUCGAAUCAGUGAAGAAGAACUCGCCUCGGCACUGAAUGGCAUCCGGACUGACGAAGUCUCCGAUCCAGCCCGAGGCGAUAACCCAACCGAAGCGGACGAAAAUCCCCAAUUGAACGAGCAGGAAGAGCGCGAAGACGAGCCGAGGCGAAAGGAGCGAGAGCGACUCCCCCAAUCAAAGGGAAUGUCUCACGCACAAACCCUCGAGCUUAAAGAGCUGCGAGCCUCUAUGGCUCGAACGGUAGCUGAAAUACGCGCUAUGAAAUCCCAAGUGCACAACGCGACAAGUGCCGCACCCGAAAUCGACCGAAUGCGCGAAGAAACCCAAAGAACCCCGUUCACUGCAAGGAUCACGGAAGCCAGGAUUCCCGAGCCAGGGAAGGUGAGAAUUCCGUUCUACGAAGGAACAACCGACCCAAAAGCACACAUCACAGCGUUUCGAAUAGCGAUGGGGCGAGCCUUCACAAAGAACGCCGCUAAACUCACCGAGCGCGAAGUGGAUGCCGGAUACUGUCUGCUCUUCGUGGAGCAUCUCAAGGGAGCCGCACUCGAGUGGUUCUCAAGGCAGGAACGAAAUUCAAUCGGCAGUUUUCAGCAGCUCUCCGCCCUGUUCCUUAAACAAUACUCGAUGUUUAUGGACAGAGGAACAUCUGAUGCCGAUCUAUGGACACUAUCUCAGGGACCGAACGAACCGCUUCGGGAUUACAUGACGCGAUUCAAGGCGGUCAUGGCUCUCAAUACGCCGCAAACAAUUCAAGACGCGUUGCACCGAUCAUCAGACUUCAUCGUAAACGAGGAGGAAAUGAAAAACUUGGACGAGCAGUACGAAGCCACGAAAGCAGCGAUCCGAAGCUCAAUUGCGCCACGCCCAGCGAAGAAGGGCAAUCCAUCAAGCAACGCGGCAACGCAGAGUUCGGAAGAGCCUAGGAGCGGAGGUGCCCAUAACUACCAGGUCAGCUCCGGACGCGGAAGAGGAGAGCCGCGCAACAAUACUUGGGUAAGAAAGUCAGCCAACUACGACGAGAAGGCUUUCUGCGAGUAUCACCAGACCUACGGACACUCAACGGCUCAAUGCCGGACCCUGGGAGCAAAGCUCGCAGCCAAAAUGGCAGCAGGAGAGCUCCAAAACGCGGUCAGCCUCAAGGACCUCGUCCCUAACGAACAACAGGAAAAAGCCGAGCCGAACGGUGCGGCGGAACCAGCGAAUCCUCCCCGACGAGGCGACAACCCCAAGCGCGACAGGCGAGGCGAACCUGAAGAGCGACCCGAGCCGAGACAAAGGAUCAAUAUGAUCAUGGGUGGAUCCCAGUACUAUCAAGAUACCGUUUCCUCAAUCAAAGCCUAUCAGCACCGAGCCGAAGCAAAGGAGAAUUGGACAGAGCCGACUGACAUCCCAAACACGGUGAUCUCUUUUGCUGAGGAGGAAACAGCAGGAAUCGAUCGACCUCACAAUGAUCCGUUAGUAGUCGAGCUAACGAUCAGGGAUCAUGACGUAGCAAGGGUGCUCAUCGAUACUGGAAGCUCGGUGAAUGUCAUCUUCAGGGAAACGCUCAGAAGAAUGGGAAUCGACCUCUCCGAGGUGGAGGCAAUCCCCAAACCUCUAACCGGAUUUUCGGGAGAAACGACGAUGACUAUGGGAACGAUCAGGCUUCCUGUGGUAGCUGGUGGAGUCACCAAGAUCGUCGAGUUUUGCGUCACUGACCUCCCAGCCAUCUAUAACGUCAUCAUGGGAACCCCUUGGAUCAACGGGAUGAGGGCGGUACCUUCCACCUAUCAUCUUUGUCUCAAAUUCCCAACUCCAUCAGGUGUCAAAACGAUAUGGGGAAAUCAGAAGGAAUCAAGAAAUUGCUUCCUAACUGAGCACAAGCUAAGGAACCCCGUCACCGACGCACGAGCUGACAUAGACCGCAAAAAGAUGAAGAUAGACAGAGAGCCCGCGAACGAGCUCUCCAAACUCUUAUAG